GGAGGCAGGGCGAGGGUAAAGGGGUUCUGGGGCUGUCACUGUGGGAAGGAGGCUCGGGAGGACAAUUAUAGCCCUCAGCUGCGGGGCCGGUGCUUGCCCCGGAGGAGCUACCAGAGGACCGCUCUCACUCCUCAGGCCGCGCCUUCCCAGGAUAGCAGGAUGGCCUCCCGCGGGGGUCCCCGCGCCACUGGCACAGAUGGCAGCGACUUCCAGCACCGAGAGCGGGUGGCCUCGCACUACCAGAUGAGUGUGACCCUCAAGUCGGAGAUAAAGAAGCUGAUCUAUACCCACGUGUGCAUCUGGCUGCUGCUGAUGGCCCAGAUGUGCGUGGGGCACCUCAAGCUGCUGCCCCACGACCAGGUGGCCAUGCCCUACCAGUGGGAAUACCCCUACCUGCUCAGCAUCCUGCCUUCCCUCCUGGGCCUUCUCUCUUUCCCCCGCAACAACAUCAGCUACCUGGUGCUCUCCAUGAUUAGCACUGGUCUCUUCUCCAUGGCUCCCCUCAUCUACGGGGCUAUGGAGAUGUUCCCCAUGGCACAGCAGCUCUACCGUCACGGCAAAGCUUACCGCUUCAUCUUUGGCUUCUCAGCCGUCUCUGUCAUGUAUCUGGUGGUGGUGGUGGCUGCCCAGGUGCAUGGCUGGCAGCUCUACUACAGCAAGAAGCUGCUGGACUCCUGGUUCACUAGUACACAGGAGAAGAAGAAGAAAUGAGAGAGGGAUGGGUGACCUCUGUGACUGCUGGAGCUCCACAGCUGAGGCCAGGAGGGUGGCUAUGGUGCAGCUCCGGCAGGUGGGGGGAUCGCCGGGGACCAGCGGGGGUGUCUGAGCCAUGUCACGGCUCCAGGCUCGCAUGCAGGGAAGAAAACCCAGGGAUGAGGAGGGUCCUCGGAGUGCCGUGCUCCCUU